AUGAGAACGUUCCAAGGUGCAGAUCAAGGACCGCACGCUUCAGCAGCUCAGGACCAGGGCUUUAAUUUGUAGCAUUGGUUUCACAUACAAGCUAUGUCAGAGCUGGAGGCUCGACUGAUGACCAGCGAAGACAACCGAAUCGUUUACCAAACUGCCGCAAACUCGGUGAUUCAGCACUCACUGCUGGCCUAAAUCAUUAUUUUUAGCCAAUUGGCGCUAAAGCUUGAAUAAGUGCGGCUGAAGGGCCGCAGUGCAAGAGUUGCGUUCCAGCGCUUCAACUUGGGCUUCCAGGCGUGAUCGCUGCAAGCCCUUAAAUGAGCACUGAAGCAUAUACAACUGGUGUAGGCACGCGCUAGGUGGUUUACCGUUGCAGAGCCACCUGUUCCGGUGGCGUGCAUCUGCCCCUGGCGCGCGCGCGUUACGCGUGGUGCUCGCUCUCCUUUUGCGAGCUCUGAGGCGAGAUAAUGUCAACUGAGAACCAUGGGCCUGAGCAUUUGCCGCACCUGCACACCGCGUUCGAGGACCCUGAGGCGCAGCGCGCCGCUUCCAGUGACGACGGCGAGGAGGGCUCGGACGAGCAAAGUCAGGAGCACCACCAUCAUCACCACCACCACCAUCACCACCACCACCACCACGCGGACACAGCGCCACCCACCGGCGGCCGUGCCUCCCCGCUGAGAGGUCAGCCGGGGGGCCAAAGCCAGGGCAGCACCGGCCAGGGCCAGGGCCAGGGCCAGCUACACCCCUCCCGGCGACGCCGCUCCCAGCCCCUAGCCGCCAGGAGCGGCGUCGGCACCGGCGACGGCACCGGCGGGAGUGGUUCCGGGGGCAACGCCGCCGCACGGCCCCGUACGUCGGGUGGCGGCAUCGGCAACGGCAGCGCCAUUAGUAACCACCCAGCUACCGCCGCCGCCACCGCCGCCAGCACGCCGCCGCCUGGCUCCGCGCGGCGGCGCUCCUUCGGCAUGCAGCCCGGCGGCCGCCGCAGCACCUCAUCCGGCCCCCUGGCGGACGUGCCUCGUUCUGCUUCCCUCUCCCCCUCCGUCGCCCUGUCCUCGCCCUCCACCUACACCUCCAGCUCCCGCGGCAGCGGCGCAGCCGCUGCAGAGGCCCGCGGCCGCGGCGCCGGCGGCUACAGCCGCGCCGCCAGGAGCGCGCGCCGGCGACAUGGCGGCGGCGGUGGCGGCGGCGGCGGCAUUGGCAACAGCGGCAUUCCACUGGAUGGCGCGGUGCUGGCGGCGGCGGCUGCAGCGGCGCCGCUGAACCGUGUGUCCUCCCACUACACCGCUAACUCGCACUACACGGCGCGCUCGCGCCGCUCGCGCUCGUGCUCGCGGUCGCUGGGCGGGGAGCGCGGCCUGGGCGGCGGCGGCGGGGAGCGGGGCGAGCGGGGCGAGCGCGCCACCCACCCUGACAUUCUGGACGACCUGAGGGCGCUGGAUGACCUGGAGGGCGGCUCCCUGCUACGCCCGCUGCUGACGGUGCCUGACGAGGACGGCGGCGGCAGCCGCGACGGCGACCGCGAGGGCGGCGGCGGCGAGGACUGGGAUGGCGGCGGCGGCGGCGGCAUGGACGGCGGCGGCGGCGACGGCGGCGGCCACGUGGACGAGGCCGAGACGUACGAGGUGCCGGAGCUGCUGCAGGCCAAACCCAAGGACGUGCUCCAAUUCAUUGAGGAAGAGGGCGUGGUUAAGUUGGGUGAGUUCGAGGUGGCAGACGGACUGGCGCUCAAGGCAUUUGGCGGAGAGCCUUUCCUGGUGAUGGGACAGGAGCACGCGGAGCCGCCCGGCCUGAAGGAGCUGUGGAUGGAGCGGCUGGUGGAGGUGGUGGGCGCGGGCCGCAUGCAGGGCACGGGCUGGAAGAGCACGCUGUCUGUGGAGGCGCACGUGGUCAAUCUGUACGACGCCGCGGCGCCGGGGCGCGGCGGGCUGCUGCGGCCGCUGCUGGGGCGGCUGCGCGCUCACGGCUGCCCGCCCACCGUGUUCGCACUGCCGGCCGUGCAGGCCGUCAUCGCGCUCAAAUGGAGCAGCUGGGCUCGGCGCUUCCUGCUCGCCGAGUUCUUCUUCUACGCCGCCUGGCUCGCCGCCUUCUCCGCCUUCUCGCUAUUGCUGGAGGACGGAGACGACACCGCAGACUCUGGAGGCGACGACGGCGGCGGCAGCAGCAUUGGCGGCGGCGGCAUGGGCGCAGCGGCGGCGGCGGUAGCCGGCGGGCCGCAGUGGCGGCUGUACGGCGAGUCGCCGGGGGGAGGGGGAGGAGGCCCCGGGGCUGUGGGCGGCUGGGGGCUGCCAGUGGUACGGCUGCUGGCGGCGGUGGCGCACGGCGCCGCCACCGUGAUGACUAAUGGCGUCAGUGGCGGCGCCGGUGGCGGCGCCGCCGCCGCCGCCGCCGCGGCGCCGGCAUUCGUAGACGUGUUUGCAGCCAAUGCCAAUGCCACUGCCAGUGCCAGUGCCGGCUACAGCCGCGUGUUGCUGUUUGGACAGCACAACGGCAGUAGCAGCAGCCACCUGCAGCAGCAGCCUGCCGCGUGGGGCUGGGGCUGGGGCUGGGGCGGCGUGGGUGUCGGUGACAGUGCUGAUGGGGACUGUGCGGCGCGGCUGCUGAACAUCUGGGACUGGGGCGCGCUGGCGGCGCUGCUUCGAUCGCCGAGGGGCGUGGCGCAGAUCAUCACCAGCACGGCGGCGGUGGCGUCCAUGCUGCCCUUCGCCUACAUGGAGGUGUGCACCAUGAUGGUGCAGGGCCUGGCCUGGGUCUCCAUCUUCAACCUGGCGGACGUGGUGUCGUACUCGCUGGCGGCGGGGCUGUGGGCAGCGCACCUGCGCUGCGGCAGCCUGCCCGCCUCCGCGGCUUUCAGCGGCGCGCUGGCGCUGCAGCACGUGCUGCUGUGGACCAAGCUGCACUACUACGCGCGCGUGCUGACGCCCACCCGCGGCGGCUUCAACGACACCAUCCGCAUGGUGCUCAAGGAGCUGCGCACCUUCCUCACCUUUGUGGGGCUGGUCAUGCUGGGCUUCGCCUUUGCGUUCUACUGCCUGUUCAGGCAGGACCGCGACGACUUCGCCGACUUCUCCACUCUGUGGCACUCGUUCGCGAGCAUGUUCGCAUACAUGCUCCAGAUGUUUGACUACUCAGUGCUCUACAACUCCACGCACCCCUUCAUGGCCAUGCUUCUGUUCAUGGCGUACGAGCUGAUGGUGGCGGUGCUGCUGCUCAACAUCAUGAUCGCGCUCAUGACCAGCGCCUUCAGCCGCGUCACGGCGGACGAGGGGCUGAGGUACCUCAUCUACAAGGCGGAGGUGAUUGACGAGCUGGAGAGCACUCUGCCCAAGUGGCUCAUGAUGCGCCCCGCCUGGUACCCACACUUCGUGCACGUGCUCAAGGUGAGCCCGCGCUCCACGUACGAGAUCAACCUCAACAGCGUGUGGAGCGGCAUGAGCAGCCUGCAGAGCAGCCUCAUGAACGCGCAGCAGGAGACACGGCUGCGAGUGGAGGCGCUGGAGAGCAAGAUGGACGUGAUCGACCAGAAGUUGUCAGCCACGGUGCGCCUGCUGGCAAGCCGUCUAGUGAGUCACCGCGAGCUGGCGGCGGCGCUGUCCAUGGACGAUGACGUGGCCGAGGCGUCUGGAUCCGGAUCCGGUGAGCUGCAGCGCGAGCUGGAUCCGGACCUGGUGGGCGAAGACGGCGAGCCGGAUCCAGAGCACUGGCGCGACGCGGAUCUGGAUCCAGCCAAGGAGGAGCAGGAGGUGCCGGAAGCUGAGGAGGGGGACGAACUGCCACUGGGGGUGCGGUUUGGAGACCUGGUGCCUGUGGGGCUGGUGACUGGGAGCGGGGACAGGAGAGGCGGCGGCCGGCGGCGCGGCGGCGGCGGCGGCGGGGUGUUAGAGGAGCCUUCACCCCGCCGGCAGCUGCCGCAGCAGCAACAGCAGCAGCAACAGCUGCACAGCACUAGUGGACGGCGCCGCGAUGGCGGUGGCAGCAGCCACCACGGCGGCAGCAGCGUUGGCCAUCGCGCGCACCCGCAGCCGCCCUCACACCACCAGGCAUCCAUCUCACACGCGCCCUCCGCGUCUCACCACCGCAGCAGCCACGCUCCCUCCCAUCGCCACAGCCAGCCGGCCUCCAUGGCCCACGGCUACAGCCAGCAGCAGCAGCAGCAGCAGCCGCACACGCCGCUGCCGCACGCUGCUACAGCCGCAGCCGCUGCUACUGCCACCACCGGCAGGCCGGUCCUGCACCACCAGCCCUCCACCGCCACCACCACUGCCGCCCACAACCACCACACCCACUACAGCCACAGCCAAACCCACCACCACGACCGACACUACCAGCACACCCAGAGCUACAGCCCCGGACACCGCUACAGCCACGGCUACAGCCACGGCCACGGCUACAACCACCACCCCUCAGCCCGCGCUUCUGGCCACGUGUCAACGCCUGGGUACGUGUCAGCCUCCGGCGCCCCCUCAGGCCACGUGUCCGGCCACGUCAGCCACGCGCCCUCUCUGGGGGCCCACGGGCACAUGCCGGGCAGCAGCAGCAGCCGCCACUACCACCACAGCCAGAGCCAGGGUCAGGGCUACAGCCACAGCCGCGGCCACCACCACCACGCCUCUUCACACCACUCCCAGGCCCUGCCGUCUCCAGGCACUCGCCCGCACCUGAGCUCACCGCAGUACGGGCACCAGUCCUCAAGCCACCACCACCACCACCCUUCCCGCACAGCCGCUGCCGCAGGCAGCGGCGGCGCCGCCGGCGGCUACAGCCGCCACAGCGCCUUCACCACUGCCUCCUCCGCCGCCACGUCCGCCGCCCUCAGCCGCGAUCCGUCCCUGACGUUCACCCUUCAGCCUGCGGGUCUGCCCCUAGCGCAGGACUACGAGUUCAGGAGUGACCCUCUGCCUGGCGGCGCCGGCGGAGCGGGCGGCACACGAGGCGGCGGCGGCGGCGGCGCGGUAUGGGACAGCAGCGGCGACUCGGGUGCUGCAGCUGCUACAGCAGUGGUUGGCGGCUCGGGCGGCUCUGGCUCGAAUCUUCCUCCGCUGCCGGCGCCUCAGCGCGGCAGCGGCGGCGAGGGCGCGCUGAGCGUGGGGCGUGGCUUAGGUCCAGCGGUUGAGGGCCUGUACGAAGGACUGGAGCAGCUGCAGCUACAGCCGCAACAGCAGCAGCAACAGCGGUCGCAGCAGCGCGGGUAUGGUUGGAGUGGCAUCGGCAGUGGCUUCGGUAGCGGCGGCGGCAGUGGUGGUAUUGAUGGCGGCGGCGGCGGCGCAGGCGGUGCCGGGUGGCAUGUGUACGGCGGCACCUCGGGUUCCGGCGGCGGCGGGCUGCGCGGCGAAGGCAGCGGCGGCGCGGGCGGGGGGCUGGGUGGACGGCAGAUGACGACCAUUUCUGAGAACGGCUCGCAUGCGGAGCUGGCGGGCGGCGGCAGCGGCCGGCUGGCGGAUGAGCUGGGGCCGGUUGGGUUCGGCGCUAGCAGCAGCGCUGUGUCGCUUCCGUCGCUGUAUGGGGGCAUGGCCGGCAGCCGCGAGGGCAGCGGCCGGGGCAGCAGCCAGGGCGGCGGCGGAGGAGGAGGAGGAAGGGGAGGAGAGGGCGGGGGAGGCGGAGGAGGGCCGGGCGAGGGCAGUGGCCAUGGCGGCGAUAGGGCUGGCAGCGGCAGUGCGUAGGCAGUGUGUAGGGCAGUGCUUAGGGUAAGCAAGGAUGGUGUGGAGCGACCUGGCGGGGUUGUAGAUGCGGGGGUCCAGGUUGCGUAUGCGAUGUGCAGAUACGGUAAUGGAGUAGGGGUGGUGGCGUGGGGGGGGGUCGGGAGAGCUUCGCAGUUGCGAGUCAUCAAAGUAGCAGUGUUAACGGGGAUUCGGUGUUGAAACGAGUCGGCGUGGCAAGUGCUGCAACAGGUGUCGAAGUGUCUGGGGACCAAGGCGCAAGUUGUUUGGACCUGCGAUGCAGCUCACUGUUCCUUAGAACGGGACCUCCUGGACAGGGAAUCCGAGAGGCUACUACAUGAACUCAUGGAGUAUGCACCACCGUCGUGCGGGCUCGGCCUGAUGGUGCAGGUGGGCACUGCGACCGUUACGACUCAUCAUAUUAUCGACGUGCGUGAAGAAACGCAACACAAGCAAACAAGCCGUGGCGCGGGCGGGAAGUUGCCAAACGUCCCACGAGGGCCAGUAGCUGAACGCGAGCGCGUAUUCGAUACUCAGAGCAGCGCACAAAGCAUGUCCAAAGCCGCCAGUAAUGCAGAAUUUCGUUUCCUUGCUGUGCUCCGUGGGUGAGUGAGCGCGAGCGUGGGUGAGGCCGCCGGGGGUUGGCGUGGGGCUUUGCCAUGGAGCCAUGGAGCCGGUACUGCAGAGAUGCUGGGCUUCCGGCGCAUUAUCGGUCGAGAUAAGGCUACUUCGGAGGUGCCGGGCGAACCGGGCGGCCCGCUCGGCAGAGCCGGUUGCUCACAACGCUCAGUACCAGCCAUGGCGUGCGCAAUGGUAAUGGUUGAUGGUCAAGCUGUGUGUUUCUGUGGAGUUUCUGUUUCAAGAUGGAUGCACGGCACGAAGGGAAGAUUGAGAUACAGUAUUGCUGACACGGCGUGACCGUGCAAACAACUUGGGGAUGAUGUGCGGCGGCAGCGGGUUUUUGAAAGGUAAUCA